CUUCGCUGCUCUAGGCUACCUUUGUGUACAUUUCCAGUUAAACAUUGUUAUUAUCUGAGUCUUUUUACUUUUUACAUUUCAUAUUCUACCUAAAAAUCUAAGUACUUCCUCCAGGUCUACGUAGUCCUGACUAAUUGUUAUCCAGAUAUUAGCCUAUGUGUGAGCAUCUAACCCAAAAUAGUGUGAUGAUGAUGAUUAUAAUUUGUAUUCAUUCCUAAAGAUUGAAGAGAUUGAACUAAUUUCACUAUACAAAAUGAUUAUUUUACGUAGUUAACAGUGUGAAUGCUACUAAAAGAAGAGUUAUCACAUGACACCUCCCUUGUUAGCAUGCAUGCCUGUGUACACAGCAUGUACAUGUGUAUAGCCAUAUGUAGUACUGUAUAUACCAUCUGGACCCCAGAGCACUGUGUCAGACGCCUCUUGUCCUCACUAUAGUUGGAGUCACCAUCAGCACAUUUCCAGCUUGUGUAAACACAAAAAGAGCAAGGGGUCACCCUCAGGUCACAAACACUGUCAGUGUCUUUCAUAGUGGCUCUAUGAGAGUUUGAUUUUGAAUGAAACAAAAGCAACUCUGUAGACUCAAGGAUUCUUCUCUGUUUAAACUAAAGAAGCGAAACUUAAAAGUACAACAUUCAUUUACUUGCUCAGAUGUCAGAGUGUGGAAGCUUGCCUGGUGAGUUAUUGACUACAUGUUUGCCUCGAUACGAGAGCUGUUUCAGUUUGAGCAGUGAUGUUGCAACUUCAGUCCUUCAUGGAGUCAGUGUCAUGUGGAGCUGGGGAUUGUUCUUUAUGAGAGAUUGAUUAUUUGUGAGAGGGAGGCCAAUGUGCAGAAAUGGCUAUGGUAUGCUUGACAGACUUCGAGGAGUAUGCUAAGGAGCAUCUCUCAAAAGCCACCUGGGAUUAUUAUGCAGCUGGAGCGGACGAGUGCUGCACCAGAGACGACAAUAUCCUGGCUUUCAAAAGGAUCCGUCUGAGGCCUCGUAUCCUGCGGGAUGUGUCGGUGAGCGACACAAGGACCACAGUGCAGGGAACAGAAAUCAGCUUUCCUGUUGGUAUUGCACCGACUGCCUUCCACUGCCUGGCCUGGCAUGAAGGAGAGGUGGCCACAGCCAGAGCCACAGAGGCUCUCAACACCUGCUACAUCACCAGCACUUACUCCACCUGCUCCGUGGAGGAGAUCGUGGCAGCGGCACCAAACGGUUACCGCUGGUUCCAGCUGUACGUGUACCGGGACCGCAAGCUGUCGGAGCAGAUUGUGCACCGCGUGGAGGGGCUCGGCUACAAGGCCCUGGUCCUCACCGUCGACGUCCCGUACACCGGGAAGCGACGCAACGACAUCCGCAACCAGUUCAAGCUGCCGCCACACCUCAAGGUCAAGAACUUUGAUGGAGUGUUCCAGCAGGAGGCUUCAGUCCCAGAGGAUUAUGGGAUCCCAGCCAACACCCUGGACCCCUCCAUCAGCUGGAAGGACGUGUACUGGCUGCAGUCCAUCACCCGCCUGCCCAUUAUCAUCAAGGGUAUCCUGACCAAGGAAGACGCUGAGCUGGCCGUGGAGCACGGCGUGCAGGGCAUCAUUGUAUCGAACCACGGGGGGAGACAGCUGGACGGAGGCCCAGCUUCGAUUGACGCACUGUCGGAGAUCGUGGACACGGUUCAGGGCAGGAUCGAGAUCUAUCUGGACGGAGGCAUCAGGACAGGAAGUGAUGUUCUGAAAGCGCUGGCCUUGGGAGCCAAGUGUGUUUUCAUUGGCCGUCCAGCAGUGUGGGGCCUAGCAUACAAGGGUGAGGAAGGACUGAGGGAAGUGCUGCAGAUCUUAAAUGAUGAGUUCCGUCUUUCCAUGGCUCUAUCAGGUUGCAGAAACGUGGCAGAGAUCAACAGGAACCUCAUUCAGUUCUCUAAACUCUAACGGGCCAGCAGAGGGCAGCACAGAGGACGAUGACACACACCGUGAACAGGACUGAACCAAAUAUUGAACAAGUAUCUGACACUCAAUGGUGAUAAAGAAACGUAAUUAUUUUCACCUCAGUAUCAGAACUCUAUCAAGUCAGGAACAAAACAGCCUCAUGCCUGAGUAAAAGAGUGAGACAGUGUUUUGAGAAAGGCAGUGCUGGCGGCAGAUUCAGCAAGUGAAUUAUGAGGGUUUGUUUGGGGGGUUGGAGGCACUUCUCAUGAAACCUACAAGUGUUUUGGGGUUUUUUUUGUAGCACAUGCAACUGAUAAUGACAUAUACUACAGUUUAAGAGGCUUCUAGUGAUUAUAGUUGAAUAAACGCCAGCUGAAUUUGA